CAAACAAUAAAAAAUGUUGCAACAAAAUAUUUUAGACCAGCUUAAACAAUUUAUAGACACAGUGAGUAGCGGGCACAGUAAUCCACAGAUUCUGACAAAGCCCGCACUCAUUAAAGUAGCGCUGGGUUUCUUAGAUGAGCUGCCGGCCACCCGCGACAUCGUCUUUGACUACUUCGGCAUACUGGCUGAGAUUGGUGUGCAGCUGUAUAUAUCUCCCGAGAUGAAAGACCAAAAGACCGGCAUGCCGGUAUCGCAGUUGAAACAGGGUGGCAAUCGACAGCAACAGUUGCGAGCAGAAGAGUAUGAGAGUUUUAGCAUGGUCAAAAACUCGCUGCAGAACUUGGUGUGGAAAGGUCCGCCGGCGUGGUGUCCGCUCAUAGCAAAUUGGAGUCUGGAGCUAGUGGCCAAACUCUCGGAUAAGUACACACAACGUCGCAUGACAAUUGCCGCCUCCUGCAACUACUGGCUUGAGUGCAAUGCUAUGCACGCUCUGCUGACGCUAAUCAACAGUUGCUUUCGUAAGCUAAGCAAUACGGAGGCGGAAUCUUGCGUGGAGACAAUGCUCAAUGCGUUUCAUCGCUAUCCCAUGACCUUUGAUUGGAUUGUAGCGCGUCUAGGCGGCUGUUUUCCCUACAAAAUUAUAAUGCAGAUUAUACAGUGUGGCAUGAGGCGUUUUGUGGAUAAUUUUCGCUGUCAUUUGGAUUCUGAGGCAGGCAUCUUGGACUAUAUGACAUCGUGCCAUGAGCCACAAUUGCAAGCAGCCUUUAAGGAGAUACUCAAAGAUGGCCUAGCACCCAAAAAACCGCUCGAUGUGGCCAUUGUGCCGUUUCUGUUAAUAACAACAAACUACUCGGAUGCGAUACUACAAAGUUUGGUUAACGUUUUUGUGGAGCAAUACACUGAUGAGCUGAUCGAUGCUAUAGUACAAAAGGCGCCGCUUUGGAUGAGCAACAAAAUGUUUAUGGACAUGCAACCUUCGCUAAACAAUGCAGUCCUGCGUCUGCAGCAACAUGGCGCCAAGCUGCUGCUAAUGGUGUCCAAAAUGUCGGAUAGAUAUAUAUGGUGUCAGGACUUUUUGGACACAUCUAUGCAGGAGUUGGAGCAAUAUGUGCUGAAUAUGCGCAACUUUCCGCUGCUCAGCGAUUUGGCCUGUGAGGAAACCAAAUAUAUGCUCUGGCAAAGCUGUCUAAGUACAAAUAUCAUAGAACAACAAACCGCCACGCGAUUGUUGCUGGUAGUCUCAUCGCAGCAUCCGCAUAUUUAUUAUCAAAGCAUAUCACAACUCAUACGCAAAUCAUAUGCACAAUAUCCCAGCAGUAUUGGAGCGCUUAUGCGCUUACUAGGCGGUCAGAGUGGCAUGCUAAACUUCCCAAGCAUUACCAAAGGCAUCAAGAUGACGCUUGAAGAAAUAACGCUGCAGGAGCAAGUGAGCAAUCGCUUGCCAGUGGAGCCAGGCACCGACACAGAGGCCUACAAUACAUUUUACAAUCUUAAUAUGUUGGUCAAAAUGCAAAAGAAAACCAUAUUGCCGCAUAUGAAGCCGCAGCUGCUGCUACAAUCGUUGAACGAAUGCAUGGCCAAGAUUAUACAAAUAUUCGAUUGUACUAUACAAAAGCUGGUGCUGCGCAUGGACAAGGAUGCAAGUGAACGCAGUGCGGAAAAGUUUAGAGAGCAGCAAGCCAACAACAAUAAUAAAAACAUACACGAUCUGUAUAAUGGCGAGAGUGACAUUAAGCGACGCAAACUGGAUGCGGAUAGCACAAAUGAAGAGCGUGACUUGAAGCGCAUGGAGUUGGCUCAUCUUAUAGUGGAGUUGCUUAACAAUAUUGAGGCGGGUACACGCCUCAAUGUGUUGCGCACACCUUUAGUGCUUAAGCUGGCUGUGCUUAGCGUUAAGUAUUUCUUUGUCGGUCUGACUGAGCGUACUGUUAUAUUACGUGCAGCUGCUGCUCAGCGCGCCUUUACGCUGCUGCAACGUCAAUGCACAGCACGCAAAAUUGCACGCACUUUGUGCCUGCGUGAGCUCAUAGAGGGUGCACUCUUCUAUCAUGGACAUUUGCUGGGACAGCUGGAGGAAUAUGAGCUGGAUGAACUGGAAAUACCUGAACAUGAAAUGCUUAUACUGCAAAAUUUACAUGCCACUGCUGGCACUAACUCGAAUCGUUCUGUAUUGCACUCAGGCAUCAUCGGACGUGGCUUGCGGCCAGUCUUGCCCAUAAAUGACAGAAGCUGCGAUGCUGAGAAGCAAGCAUUGUAUCUAAAGGCGCUAUAUGCCUGCUGUGCGGAUUUGGAGAAGCCCAACAACAUUGAAGGCUAUUCAUUGGUUUCAUUGACGCUUGUGGAGCUUGUUUCAACGGAUGUCAUGUAUAAUGGACUGCCCUUUCCGGAUGAGGAGUUUACACGCGUAACUAUGGAACGCGAUAUGCAAAUAAGACGUGCCUUUAUUACCUCACCUGUGCUAUGGGCUGUGCUGGGCUUAAUAGCAACACAUAGACCUGCCCUUUGCUACUCGUCCGUGCUGCUGAGAGCGCUGUGCGCAACGUGUCUGCAUCACUGGCGUGGCAAAAAUGUAAACAAAUUCCAACCCACCGAUGCAAACGAUGAGCUUAUGCUGUGCACCAAGAAGCUGCUGCAGCUGCUGACCAUCAGUCAGCUUAUACCGCCGCCGCUAUCCAAUCUGCACACCAUCAUUGAGCACUUUGAGCCGCCAGAGAUUGCUGUAGUACUGCGUGAAUGCAUUUGGAACUAUUUAAAGGAUCACGUGCCCUCACCUGCGCUCUUCCAUGUGGAUAGCAAUGGACUGCACUGGCGCAACACCAGUCAAGCCAAAGUGCCUGCUCAGUAUGUGGACACGCUGCGUCAUUUGAUGCAAAGAAAAUUAAAUAAGCUCGGCCCGCACUAUCAUCAAAUGUUUAUUAUGACCGAACUGCAUGUGCGACAGCCUGCAAUAGCAAUUCAACCUGCAACAGUUACAGGUUUGCCUGAGAUGACAGCAGCCACAGCAGCAAAGGGCAUAGAAAUUGUCGAAUUGGAUUAGUGUACAUAAGUUAGUUAGUUACAUUGCCGCGAGCGUGAUUGUACAAAAGUAUGAAUGGAAUGCAAGAAAACAUGCUAGAUUUAUAUAAUAAACUGUUAUA